AUGGCGCAAGGACCGGGCCAGGGCACCGCCGGGCCGUGCCCGAGCCGCCCGGAUCGACCACUCAGCCUGUACGACAACCUGACGACGGAAGCGUCGUCGGGUGGCCUCGCGGGAACCGGACUGGCCGGCGAGUCGGCCGGCGGACAGCGCAUUAUCCAGUUUCCCGAUAUCCAGUUCCGGUUCGAUGACAACAUACCGGCCACGCUGCUCGGCACGGCACCGACCUCCGACGCCCGUCGCUCCGUCCAUAGUACGGCCAAGUCGGACUUUUUCGGCCUGGGUCCCCCGUCGCUCCGCACACCGUCGCCACCGGUGCCUCAGCACGCCUACCGAACGCCGUCGCCUUGCGGCAACCAAGACGGGGAAGACGUUGACCGGGCGGCCACCGGUACGCCACCGCGGCGCCAGCGUCCGGCCAGCGACACGCCGGACCUGCACCGUGCCUGCGGUGCAUCGGCCUCACCCGAUUCCAACGCGUCCACCGCCCCGCUGCCGGGAGUGCCGAGCCCCGGUGAGACUCCGACCCACCAUCACCACCAUCACCAACACCCAGACCACGACCAGGAGGAAACGCCACCAACAUCACCGCGCUCGAGCUUGCGCCCCAAGUCCACCAUCAAAACCAUCACCAUUCAACUGCCCGACACCUCACCCGCCACCCGGGGUAGCCCCUCCGAGGCCGUUUACAUGACGACGACGGUGCCACAGAAUUUUACCAAAAAUGCCAACACACUGAUCGGGCGCCACAAACCGACUCGCAGCUCGCUCCGCCACAGCCGGAUGCUGGUGGUGAGCAAGGCACACCCGCAGCGGUACCCGCGCGGCAACUCCCUCAACCUGCGCCACAUCCGCCUCAGCAAGCUGCUGAUGGUGCUGCAGAUCCUGACCGGGGCACUGCUGAGCCUGAUCGGGCUGACAGUGAUGGUGUGGUCCCCGUCCACCCCCACCAAGGACAAUCCGUACUGGUCCGGUUUGAUACUGAUCCUGUGCGGGACCCUGUUUCGGGUGCUGUUCGAGUUUAAGCGGUCUCGCGGAGGAACGCCAGCCGCCAAAGGACACCAAUCGGCGGCGGCGGCGGCUGGGACCAUUAUGAUAGCCCCGCGCCCUCCGCAAGCUCGGUGGCGUGAAAAUUGCUUCCACGUGCUGCGCGUAAACGGGCUCGUCGUGCUGCUGCUAACCAUCUUCUUUACGCUCCUCGCCUUCAUCUAUGCGCUCAUCCACGCGACCAACCUGUCCUCGCCGAACCUGCGCUGUGAGCCCGAGUUCAGCUUUAACAUCAACUCCUCCACCUGCGUCUGUACGAUUGGAUCGGAACCCGCAUCCCGAAACAGCAGUCCACCGCCGCCGCCGCCACCGCCGGUGGCACAAAUGAGCGAUGAUGAGUCCAGCACGGUUGUUGAUCGCAAUUGGGCGGAUGGUACGAUACGGCUCGAGUACCGCGACUUCAACUGCAGUGAAGUGCUCGGCAUCUGGUACUACGUUACUAUCGUAUCGACAGUCCUGAACAGUAUCGGUUGCUUGCUGGCCGCAACCUUCCUAGUCAUCUACGGUAUCGAGUGCAUGCGACGGGACGGCGGCGGCGACGACCAGCGUCACCCCGUGUCCCGACUGAAGGCGAACGGCAACAAUACCUCCUCCGCUGCGGACGGGAUUGCGCCAGCCGUUUGCUUUACGAGCGCCACUACCUCCACGAACGUUACCAAUAAUACAAUCGACGAACUGCCGAGUAGUCGGCCGCUGCUGAUGAUGGAAAGUGGAACAGCCACCACCGGUGCCGAUGAGGACGCAGUACCGUCCGAACAGCAGCACCAGUCGCCCUUGGCCGAGACUAGCGUCCUUACGACUGACGAGGAGCUCGAUACGACGACACUAACGUCCGCAACCCUUCUCUCGCAGUCCGCAACGAUGUGA